CUGAGCAUUGUUGCAUUUCAUAUCUAAAAUUGAUUAUGGGGUCAGUUUUCCAGUCCGGUAACGUUGUCUUCUUUCCAUUCAUGGCAAAAGGCCACACCGUUCCUCUUCUUCACCUCAUCCACCUCCUCCGCCGCCGCUUCCCCCACCUCUCCGUGACCCUCUUCACCACCGCCGCCAACCGUCCCUUCAUCUCCCAGUUCCUCCUGGACUCCGACACCGAUUCCAUCUCCAUCAUCAACCUCUCUUUUCCCCAAAAUGUCCCCGGCCUCCCCGCCGGAGUGGAAUCCACCGACACCCUCCCUUCAAUCACCCUCUUCCCUGACCUUUGGGCCGCCACAGAGCUGAUGCAACCCGAAUUCGAAAAACAACUUCAAGCCUUAUCUGAUCCGGUCACUUUCUUAAUCUCCGACAUGUUCCUCUGGUGGACUGUCGAGUCUGCUUCCAAAUUCGGCAUUCCCCGAAUCAACUUUAGCGGUAUGUCAAAUUUCAACCACGCUAUCGUAUCCUCCAUAUAUCAAAACGCACUCUUUGAUGGAGUUAAGUCCUCUGACGAGCUGAUUACCGUCACCGAUUUUCCAUGGGUGAAAUUUGUCCUCGAUGACCUCGAUGAAGUUUUCUGGCACGCAGACCGUCGGACGUGCCUCCACUUUCAAUUGAUAACGAAGUCAGUCCACGCAGCAACAAAUAGCUACGGGUUGAUUGUGAAUAGCUUUUAUGAGCUGGAGCCGACGUUCUGCGAUUAUUCAAGUGACGGGGGAAUGGGAAUGACUUGGAAUAUUGGACCACUUUGUUUGGCCCAGACUUCCACCCAAAAACUUCAAACUCACCAACCAAACAAAACCGGCACGUGGCUCGAAUGGUUGGAGGCAAAACUGAGGCGAGGAGAGCCGGUGUUGUACGUGGCGUUCGGUUCACAGGCGGAGAUUUCGAGUGAACAAAUGAAGGAGAUAGAGAUUGGGUUGGAGGAAUCCGAAGUGAGCUUUUUGUGGGCAAGAAAAGAUGAGGAAAUAGGAGAUGGGUUUGAAGAGAGGGUGAAAGAGAGGGGGAUUGUGGUGAGGGAAUGGGUGGAUCAAUGGGAGGUGUUAAACCAUGAGAGCGUUAAAGGGUUUUUGAGUCACUGUGGUUGGAACUCAGUGGUGGAGAGUUUGAGCUGUGGAGUGCCGGUUCUUGCUUUUCCGUUAGUGGCGGAUCAAGCUUUGAACGCGAGGAUGGUGGUGGAGGAGUUGAGGGCUGGGAUGAGAACUGUGGAGUGUGGAGGGUUGGUGAAGGGGUUUGUGAAAGGGAAGGGCUUACAGAGAUUGGUUAGAGAGUUAAUGGAGGGAGAGAAGGGGAAGGAGGUGAGGAAGAGAGCAAUGGAGAUUUCAGCGAUGGCGAAGAAAGCCAUGGCGGAGAAUGGGUCGUCGUGGAGGGAUUUAGAACAACUGGUUCACAAGAUGUGCAGCAACCAAUUACCAUUCCCGCACACGGUUUUGGCAGCACCCAGUGGAGAUGGAAUAAAUAAUGUUCAUUAAAUAUUUCUCACCAACUAUGUAUUAAAUGAAAAUAAUGGGGCACGUGUCCCCUUUCACUCCA